AUGCUGGGGAUCCUGACGCUGCUGCUGGUGAUCAGGACUGAUUCCCGCCUCCACACCCCCAUGUACUUCUUCCUGAGUCACCUCUCUUCCCUGGACCUUUGUUUCUUUUUGGCCACAGUGCCCAAGCUGCUGGAGAACCUCCUGUCUCAGGGGAAAACAAUCUCUGUCCAGGGCUGCCUGGCUCAAGUCUUCUUUGUGUUUGACUCAGGGGGUAAUGAAGCCUGCCUGCUCUCAGUGAUGGCCUAUGACCGCUACGUUGCCAUCUGCCACCCUCUGCUCUAUGGCCAGAAGAUAACCAAUAAGCUCUGUAAUGGGCCAGUAUGGAGAUCCUGGGGCCUGGGAUUUCUGGACACAUUUAUCAACAUCCUUCCAGUGAUGAGCUCAGACUUCUGUAAGGAUCAGUCCAUCCCCCACUACAGCUGUGAGCUGCCCUCUCUCUUCCUUCUGUCCUGCUCUGAUGUCUCCACCAACUUUACUAUUCUGCUCUGCUCCAGCCUCCUGCAAGGGCUUGAAACCUGUGUCCUAACUCUCUUUCCCUAUACUCCUAUUUUUUCCACCAUCCUGAGCAUCAGCUCCUCCUCAGGUAGAAGCAAGGCCUUCUCCACCUGCUCCUCCCACCUCACUGCUGUCCUCCUGUUUUAUGGCUCAGUUUUCCUUCACUAUUACACACCAACCUCAGGUUCACCCCUGGAGUUAGUGUUCUCUGUACAGUACAGUGUAGUCAUUCCUUAG